GUCAAACAGACAGACACUCCACAGUAGAUUCGCAGUUCAUCAGCAUCAGCAUCGUCGUUCGUUCGUUCUGUUUCGUUUGGCUCUUCGCAGGCAGCCAUCAAUGGUUUUUGCGAGAAUCAUUUCAAAAGCAGAACAUUUAACUGCUAGUGAACGUUUAUCGGUACCGAAGAAUUGUGCGGAAUAAGUAUUGGUUGAUCGGUUGAUCGUAUACAUUAGCAUAGUUUCAAGCUCCAGAAAACAGUGGCAUAGCGCAUAAAUUCCAUCUGCAGUGCAAGCGAAAGGGAAGGUCCAUUCGACAUUUUUGUCCGGUGUUAUUUCUUUCAGGAUCAAGUCGACCAAAAACGUUAAGCUUUUAAAUGUCAGAGCCUCAGUCCUCGUUGUUACUGAAAAAACAGCUAGCAGAGUUGAGCAAAAACCCAGUGGAAGGAUUUUCGGCAGGCUUGAUAGACGACAAUGACAUUUUCAGAUGGGAAGUACUUAUCAUCGGACCUCCAGACACGCUAUACGAAGGCGGUUUCUUCAAGGCACACUUGCACUUCCCGAAGGAGUACCCGCUGCGGCCCCCGCGCAUGAAAUUCGUAACAGAGAUCUGGCACCCGAACAUCGACCGCAACGGCGACGUGUGCAUUAGCAUUCUGCAUGAACCGGGCGAUGACAAGUGGGGCUACGAGAAGGCCUCGGAACGCUGGCUGCCGGUGCACACCGUGGAAACGAUUCUGAUAUCGGUGAUCUCGAUGCUGGCCGAUCCGAACGACGAAUCACCGGCGAACGUAGAUGCAGCCAAGGAAUGGCGAGAAGCGUAUCCAGAUUUUAAACGAAAGGUGGCACGGUGUGUACGGAAGAGUCAGGAGGAUUGUUAGUAGGAUUUUUUUAAUAAUCUUAUAUUUAUUAAUUAAUUAAUUAUUACUAUACUAAUGAGAAAAGGAAAGAAGAUGAUAAUUAUGAUGAUAAUGAUUGAUAACAAUGGUACCGAUGGUUGGUUUUCCCUUCACGAACAAAGAAAGAAGGACGGUAUGUAAUAGCCAGAAUAUUGGAAGAUGCUGCAAUACAUCGUUCGUUGGGGAAGUUUUGCCAAUUUAAAAUUUUAUGGACGAAUUGUCCUUUUUUGUGAUUUAAACAUGGGUUAUUUUCAGAUUUUUUUUUAGAACGAUCGAAGGGCAUGAAUCUGUUGUGUAGUGUAUAUUGUUCGCAAAAAAAAUGCUCUGCAUUUCGGACCCUUAGUGAUAGUUUUAUUUCGGUUUUUGUCAGCUAAAAAUAAAAACCAAUUGAAAACGCGUUCUGUUUCUUGUACUUUGGGGCGACUACACACCGCAUAUCAAUUGAGAAAAAAUCCGGAAGAGGCAAAACAGUUUUCUAUUGUUUUUCGAUUAGCUUAGAUAAAAGUACUUGACAAAAGUACGCGAACGCUCAGCAGCAGAUGGUAAGCAAAUAGAAAAUCAAUUUUCAUAAACAGUUUGAAUCGAAAAUACGACAGAUAGGAAAAUGAAAUCGAUGCAUGCUGAAAAGCCCACACUCAGGAAAUAAAUCACACGUUUGUCCUGUUACAAACUAAAUUCUGUGCUUACGUAUGCAGUGAGUUCUUAGACUCAACAGGAGAGUGAAGCAAAUAGCGAAAAACAACAAAAAAAAAUCACUCAGCCAAAACAAAACAAGUAUAACAUUUGUGACUGCUCAUCUGUAUUCAGCUGUUUGGACUAAAACAUGCUGUAAUGAGAUUGAUACUAAAUAUAAGUUAAAUUAAUUUCUCAUAGGACCUUCCGCCGUGCUUAGUUCUGUAUUUCUCUAGCGAAAGGAAAUGAACAUGCUUUUAAAUUUACACUAAAAUCUGAAACUUUUGUGUGAUAUGUACUUCUGUUUCCUAUGACGCUAACCAGAUUCAAAUCGAAGGAUUGCCUGGGGGCAUCUGGGCAUGUAAAUAAUGCAGUUUCCACAGACAGACAAGCAGUAACGUGUAACCAAACCAAACCGACUAAGUAACUUCUACUGUAUCCUUCGGAUCUAUGGUUAAGAAUAAACCAGUUGAAGUAAAUAAACUACCCUAACACUAACAAUUAAAAAUCAUCAAAGUCAGCGAAUAGUACCACCACCCACAGGACAGCACUUAUUCUUCUCCUUGAACAAUACAAGUUAUGUUAAGUUCGCUAGAAUAAAAAAAUGACGAUUAACAGUAAUCUGAAA